CCGGCAAACUCGCCUGCAUCAUGGACGCGCCGCUAUCGCAGAGCAUGGACUCCGUUAACACGGUGGCCACCGGCGAAGACGAGGUGCGCACCUUGUUCGUGAGCGGCUUGCCGAUGGACACCAAGCCGAGGGAGCUCUAUCUGCUUUUCAGAGCGUACGAGGGGUACGAAGGGUCGCUGUUAAAAGUCACGAGUAAAAAUGGGAAAACAGCGUCGCCGGUGGGAUUCGUGACUUUUCACACAAGGGCAGGCGCGGAGGCGGCGAAGCAGGAUCUACAGCAGGGGGUUAGAUUCGAUCCUGAUAUGCCACAAACCAUACGUUUGGAAUUUGCAAAAAGUAACACAAAGGUUAGCAAACCCAAGCAACCAGCCGCUGCAGCAGCCACCUCGCACCCCGCUCUGAUGCACCCUUUAACGGGACACCUAGGGAGUCCGUUCUUCCCCGGUGGUCCUGAAUUGUGGCAUCAUCCAUUGGCGUACUCUACAGCUGGCGAAUUACCGGGCACGCUGCAACAUGCGACGCUAGUGCAUCCGGCGUUACAUCCUCAGGUCCCCGUACGUUCCUAUCUUUGACUAUCUGCAGACAAAGCUCUGGAGCCGCCGACGAGCGCCCCGAUGCACGUUAAUCUUUCUAAUCAGUUACCCAUCCUAAGCUUAACCAAACCCCUCUAAAACCUCUCUAAACUCCCCCUUUACCAGAGUACUGUCUUUACGACUAACUAGAGCACGUAUUGUACGCUUCUCUUAUUUGUGCACAGUUUUCCUGGUUUCUCCCGGCUUCGUAUGCACACGAAGGGAGGGUCGCCAGUGGCCUUUGUCGAAUAUCAAGACGUUCGCUACGCGGCCCAGGCGAUGGCCACUCUCCAAGGAUCCUUUCUCCUCUCCUCCGACCGGGGAGCGAUACGAAUCGAAUAUGCAAAGUCAAAAAUGGCCGAGGUGGGCUUUACAAAUCUCUGGAUCGAAGGAUCAAAGAGACAAGAAAACGGCCAACCUUAAGAUUGACAUCAAUGGCAUGUAAAAAGGCAGAGUAUCGGGCAGCCCGAGGAGAUGACAGAACGCGCUUUAGGACAGGAUAUCCACCGGAAAACAAGACACGAGGAAGAACCAUACAAGAAGUCGCACUGUCGGAGCAGUUAAAAGAUUCGUCGGCGAGAGAUCGCGGGAAGCGAAAGGACGCAGGAGCAGUAACACACA